UGGCACAGUUCGCUUUUGAUCUGCUUCACAUUUUCAGUUGUUUUUGCCCAAAAGUUCUAUAAAUAGGUACCUCCUUUGAAUGCAAAUCCGCACACCAUUGCAAUCGACACAGCCUAGCUAAGUACGGUUGACUGCAAUAUUCCGAUCAUGGAUUCAAACACAUCGGGAUUUCUUCUCUCCUCAACUCUUCAGUCAGCUCAUUUCGAAGCCAAGCAGGAUGGUGAUCAUGGUAGCAUUGACCUGGGUCUUAGUCUGAGAACUCUGCAACCUGAAGAUUAUCAUCCCUCCGGCAGCAGUCGUCUCUUAAGCCUUGAGGGAUAUGAUGAUUGGCCUCAUGAGGCUAACCUGAACUUGAACAGUUUAAACAGUAUGCACCGAAGAAAUAUCCCAGAAGGUUGUGAUGAAGAAUCGGAGGGAGUCCAAAGCAAAGAGAGUUGGGGUUAUGUGAAGGUUAACAUGGAUGGGGUUAUCGUUGGCCGGAAAAUUUGCAUCCCUGAUCAUGGCGAUUACUCUGGCCUCGCAUAUCAUCUGGAGGACAUGUUUGGGACACAAGUGGUAUCUGGGUUAAGGUUGUUCCAGGAUGGAUCCGAAUUUACGCUGUUGUAUAAGGACAGAUCAGAGGAGAAUUGGAGGGCAGUUGGUGAUGUGCCAUGGAAGGUGUUUGUGCAAUGUGUGAAGCGGCUGAGGAUUGCACGAAAGAAUGCAGAUCCUGUUCCUGGUUCUUCAUCAAAAUUCACCUGAGUUUUCUUCAUUCCCUCCCCCCUCUCUCAUGUUUUUUAAGCGUAUCUGACUAAUUAGAAGUAAAGUUAAGGUGGAAAACUUCCCAAGCAAAUGUCUUUCAAAAUCGCAAUGUCCACUGCAACUUUGGUAAUCCUAAAAUAAUGUAAAGGAGCAUCUUAAUGAAAGACCGCAUAAGCAGGCUGAUCAGUAUCAACUUUUAGUUGGUGGAUGUUCAGGUGAUCAAA